CACCAGGCGGCCACCAGGCAUAUACCGCAUACGCAUAUACGCAGUAGUGGUGUUAUGCGGAGCAGGUUACGUUACACGUGUGUGAUACCGAUCGUAAUGUUCAUUUAUUGACAGACCGAUUUCGCACUUCUUCAGUGAAUAUCUCUAGUACUUUUAUUUUAUGACGAAGAAAAAAUGUCCGAUAUAAGACAAAAAGUUAUAGAUAAAUUCAAUGCUGAAUUCGGCUCAGAUCUUAAAAAUCUUGACAACAUACGACAGUUUAAUAAACAGCUUGAAAUCGAGAAAAAUGCGAUCGAGGCAUCGUUGUCCAUGGCUUCGACGGAAGCCCCUUCAAAGGUCAAAGCAGCGUUGGCCUAUGUAGACCGAAUAAUAAGUGAAAUUGAUCCAUUGAUCGAAGAAGGAACAAAACUCUCAGAAACAAUUGAUAAUUGUCUCAAAGAGGACAACAGGCUGCGCCAAGUGCAGGAGAUUGCCGAACGGAUUACAGAAUUAGAAAAAUCUCUGUCUUAUUUACGAUUCAUCAAAUGUAUAGAAAAUAUCAGUAACGAGUUAGAAAUGUUCAUAUUAGCUGAUGAUGAUGAAUCUGCCAUAACUAUGUACACAAAUCUUGCUGACAUAAGCUGUCAGUUACAUUCAUCUUCGUGCCAUCACUUGUCCAAUUAUGUUAGAGACACUUUGCAUUUUUGGCACAAUCAUCUAAAGGAGAAACUCUCGGAAGAAUACAAAGAGGUGUUGAAGACACUCAAGUGGCCUUUUUGUGGCUCCAAUGCUUCAGGUUUGACUACUCCAAUGCCGGAUUCCAUGAGCAGAUUUAAAAUGCUCACUGAAUAUUUGCUGCAGUUACAUUUGCCAGAAGAAACAACAACGAUCACAGUAACGUCAAGUCUUCUCACAGAUUUUGCACCAGUUUGUUUGCCUAUAACACUUCUGGUACGCCCAUUGAGGCAAAGGUUCAUCUAUCAUUUCACCGGUUCGAAACAGACCAAUCGUCGUGACAAGCCCGAAUGGUUUUUCACACAGAUACUCACUUGGAUCAAGCACCAUGAACAAUGGGUUCUCAAAAAUGUUCAACCAGUUGUGGAUGCUGCAGGUUUUAAUCACAUUAACGCACAGGUUGAAUUUAUGAGAGCUCUCGUGCAGUUGGCGGUUGAAAAAUUGCAUGCCGAAUUGCCAGUCGUCCAAUACGACGAUACUUUGUUUGCACAUUUAGUAGACGAAGCACUCGGUUUUGAGCGAGAACUUCGUGACACUCUUUUCUAUCCGGCCAGUCAACCAGCUACAGUGUUUGUUUUAACGCAAGCUCAGAUUUUCGUCAAAUGGAUUAACAUGGAAAAGAAAUAUGCAACGGAAAAAAUGGACUCUAUAUUGAGCUCGGAGAGCGCUUGGGAAAGACUCGCUGGCCCCGAUUCUGAUGACAUGAAAGUCACUGAAUGUGCCGAUGCUUUUUUAACCCUUCUCAUGACCAUUUCCGAUCGAUACAAUCAUUUGCCACAACCUGGACAUCGACUGCAGUUUCUUGAGUUACAAUUGGAGCUGAUAGACGAUUGCCGAGUGAGAUUAUUACAGUUGCUUCAUGAGGAAUACGAAGAUCCUUUGGCUUCGCUCAUGCCCCGUAUACUGAACACAAUACAUUACAUAUCGAGCGUUCUCAUCGAUUGGGGAGUCACAGUUCAUUUUCUGCAACUCCAUUUCUUCAAAAAACAAUUCGAAGCAGUUGAGACUGCAACGGAUAGGGGAACAGACUCGAUAAGUGGUAAAGAAGCUGACGAAGACGAAGGUUCGGUUUUCGACGAGGCUGUGGCUCUGCUCCAAAGACUUGAGAAAGAAUUGGUCGACGAGAUUGUAAAUACAGUUGCACUCGAUGUGAAGGCUAAGAGCAGGCCGUACAGAACGGACAAAUGGUUCGCCAUGCAGUCUGAAAAGGAAGUCGCAUCUUUAUCCGUAACUCCAAGCGGAUGUCCGAUGUUCGAAGAGCUUGCUACUCGCCUCCACGACUUGAGAGAUGCUUUAGCUUUGCCUAUUUUCAAUAAAGCUUGGCGCAACCUCGCCGGCCAACUUGACCAAUAUCUUCUCGAAGAAGUUGUACUCGUCAACCAAUUCAACACCGGAGGUGCUGCUCAGCUGCAAUUUGACAUCAUUCGGAACUUGUUUUCCCUCUUCGGACUCUAUACCAGCAAACCCGAAGCAUAUUUCCCCUUAAUGAGGGAAGCCUGUGCAUUGCUAAAUGUGUUGCGCGGCACAGCUAUGCUGUUGCUUCAGACAUUGGAAGAAUCGAACAACGCUGAAAGAGCCAACGAAGUCUUGGUCGAAAUUGGAGUCCACAAAAUGUCGCCGGAAGUUGCUGCUACAAUUUUGAGAACUCGGACUGACAUGGGAAUGUAAUAAAGAAUGAAGCUGACGAAAAAAGUA